AUUGCAGCCGAAUGAGAAAAGACCAAAAAAUAUGGGGAAAAAAAAAAGAAGAAAAUCCUGGCCGAUAAUCCUCUCCAGAUUUCAGUCUGAUGGUCCGCCAUGGAAACCACUUCUUCCCCCCACCUUCAUUUCCAGCCUCAAAUUCCUCCCCCCGCUCCAUAAUCUACACUCUAAUCUCUAUAGACCAAACCUUCAGAAUCAGUGCAAGUGAAAAGUGGGAAACUGAGAGAGGAAGAAAAAUGGCGCUUUCUUUGUCUUCGAAUGUGUUCAAUCUCCAUCCCUGCAAGUCAUACAGAGCUCCAAUUCUGACAACCCACCUCAACAAUGGGACACUCCAGGUACAUUACCUUACUUCGCCUUCUAAUCCCGCUCGACCCUUCAGUAGAAAACUACUCAAGCGUCGUCCGAUUACUGCUUCAAUCGCUACUGAGGAUAAUAAUCAGCAAGUCCAAGAAGUUUCUACUGCUUCGUUUAGGACCAAGAACCCUAGGGAAAUCAACGUCUUGGUAGUGGGUUCCACGGGCUACAUAGGAAAAUUCGUAGCGAAAGAGCUUGUUGAUCGAGGGUUCAACGUCAUAGCAGUCGCUAGGGAGAAGAGCGGAAUUCGUGGCCAGAAGAGCAAGGACCAAACCCUAGAAGAAUUGCAAGGAGCCAAUGUCUGUUUCUCGAGUGUGACAGAAUUGGAAACUCUGGAGAAAUCGCUCGAUGAAUUAGGGGUUCCAAUCGAUGUCGUCGUUUCGUGCCUCGCAAGUCGAUCGGGAGGGGUGAAGGAUUCAUGGAGGAUUGAUUACGAAGCAACCAAAAACAGUCUACUGGCAGGUAAAAAGAAGGGCGCCAAGCAUUUUGUCCUGCUCUCUGCAAUCUGUGUUCAGAAACCGCUCCUCGAGUUCCAGCGCGCGAAGCUGAAAUUCGAGGAGGAGUUGAUGCAGGAAGCCGAAAGUGAUGACAAUGGGGGGUUUAGCUACAGUAUUGUGAGGCCUACUGCUUUCUUCAAGAGCUUAGCAGGCCAAGUUGAGCUAGUGAAACAAGGUAAGCCGUAUGUGAUGUUUGGUGAUGGGAAGCUCUGUGCUUGUAAGCCGAUAAGCGAACAGGAUCUCGCAUCGUUCAUGGCGGAUUGUGUGCUGGACGAAGACAAGAUGAACAGGGUUCUCCCCAUUGGUGGGCCGGGCAAGGCAUUGACGCCAUUGGAGCAAGGGGAGAUGCUGCAUAAACUGGUAGGGAAAGAGCCGAAGUUCUUGAAAGUGCCAAUUGGGAUCAUGGAUUUCGCCAUUAGCGUGCUGGAUUUCCUUGUGAAGAUCUUCCCAGGGAUGGAGGACGCGGCCGAGUUUGGGAAGAUUGGGAGGUACUAUGCUGCUGAGAGCAUGCUGGUCUUGGAUGCUGAGAGUGGGGAGUACAGUGCUGAGAAGACUCCUAGCUAUGGGAAGGAUACAUUGGAGGAGUUCUUCGAGAGGGUGCUGAAGGAAGGCAUGGCUGGUCAGGAAUUGGGUGAGCAAUCUAUAUUCUGAGGUCUGUCUGAUACAUUUUUUUGGGUACAGAGACGGAGAUUAUUUGUAAAUUGGGAAGCCAUGCUCCAACGCUUGCUUAGAGGUAUAUGUCUGUGCUUGGAGACUCUGUUCCUAGGUUGGUCCAGUCAUGGAUAACAUGAUUCUGUUCUCGAUAGACAUUUUUAAUCUGCACUAGCCCUUGGCCAAAUGAUUGUAUGUGGUGUUUGUCUUAAACAUAUUGCUACAUAAGAACUAGAAGUCUUUUCAGGUAACAAUAAUAAAAAAAAAAAAAAAAAAAGAGAAGGAACAAUUGUCGACAAAUAACCAAGUCGUUGAUAUGAGUCCUUUUUGCUACGAUGCGAGCAAUUUUGUUGUACCGGUACGACAUGAGCAAUAUCCCUGAUUUCUUGAAUGUAUUGUUAAGAGACAUGAAGAGUGAAUAAUAUGUUUGUCGACCU